CGGGCGUGGCCGGGCCGGAUAUGCAGGAUGGGAAGGCCGUUGGGACCGUGUAUAUCGGUAUUGCCUCGCCGGAGGGUGCGAGGGCUUGGGGCCCGUUUAUGUUCCCGGGUUCGAGGGAGCGCGUGCGCGAGGCGACGGUCGUGGAGGCGUUGGCUAGGCUGAGGGAGGCGCUCUUGGCUGAGGGCGGCGCUCGUGCCUAGGCAGAGCGGUACGGGAACAUAGUUGCUCUGCUACUCGACAACAGCCACUGCCAGUCCUAGCCAUCUUGAGAUAGCCUAUCGACCAUUACCAUCACCCGGUAGGCCAGAGGCAUGAUAACCAGCGGAAGGUUGAUAAGGCUCUUCGAAGUUUCCCGGGGCAACUAGAGAGCGAGAAGAGAGCAGAAACGCUGACUCCAUGUUAGCUGAGGAGACCACCUUUUAACUCUACCCCCUACCCUUUGGCCUUAGAUACUGAGC